GUUUUACAACCUGAAGGUGCUGUCGAGAAGCUCGAUACGGGCGCUAAAUUCAUGUGCAUAAGAAACAUCCUGGACCUCGACCACAGCAUUCGAGACCACCUCAUUACGGCUGUCAACAAGCACGGAUGGAAAGGCUCACCAUACAAUGAGGAUGCCCUAGCCUCCAAGAAACUACUUCCGGGGCAUGUUUUCAAGUCGGCCAAAGUGAACAAGCAAUCCAGCUGGGUCAAGUAUGGCAAGGUCACCGGUGAGAGCGCAAUGUAUGUGUUCAAAUUCACGAAUGCUGUGCACGAAGACACCCCACUCAAGCUACGUCAGAAAGUCACAAAGGCGAUCCUAGAGCACCGAUCCGAGGUUUGUGCACUCGCUGUGGCUUUGCGAGAUGAAGUGGCCUCCCAGAUUCCCAAUGUCGAGUCCUUCGUGAACAAGAGGUGGUUGGAACGCCUGACCAAGGGCGACGUGGGCCUAGAAGUCGAACUGAGCACGGCAGUGGGGGCAAAGGAAGCCUCGUAUGGACCCAGAAAUUGCUCGAGUUUGAAGCAGCUAUUGGAUGAGUUCAGCGGCAGCAAACCCUCCGAUUCCAAAUCUGCAGCCUCCUUCAACCUCGAUCAUGCUCAGCAGGCCGUGGACGAGAAAACCUUUGCUCUACUCAUGCAGGAGAUCGACUUCGAUGUGCAGGCCUUCGCUGUGUACCAGGCCAAUGCCCAGUCCCAUGCCUCGUCUGUCGCACACCAGAAAAACAUGUGGAGCAAGAAGCUGGUGGACGAAGCAAGAGCCGCCGCAGAUGCGUAUUUAGAUCAUCACGUGACCUGCCUGGUACUGUAG